AUGCAUUAUUUUCGUCUAAAGUUUCCAACCUACCUUCCUGAAAAAUAAGUUGGAUUUACCGUGUAUGACAUAAUUCAAAUGCUGAGUAAUAACAAUUACAAUUCAAUCGACUUAAAACUUAAGUAACUACGCUGUUAAAGAAGGUCCAAAGAAUCAAUCAGACUAAGUACCCUGCUGCAUAAAAAUUUCUAUCUUGUUCAAAAAGAUUAUUAUAUAAACUUUUUAUUAACAACCAAUAUGUCUGACAGUCAACAACGUAAACACAUAGGUGAAAUUGAAACAAUAAAAGAAGGGCAAAGCCCCGUAAGAUUUACGGAAAAUACAAUUAAAAUGAUAUCGGGACAUGCAAUACCUGUUGUACUUUCGACGGAAGAUCAUGCUUUUAAGUUAGAUGAAGAUGCAUUAUCAAAUAUUUUAUUAAGAAAAGAAAUACGUGAUCGAAAUGUUGUCGUUGUGUCGGUGGCUGGUGCGUUUCGAAAAGGAAAAUCAUUUCUUCUGGACUUUUUUCUACGGUAUAUGUAUGCUAAGUAUGUAACCUCAGAAGGGAGUAAAGAAUGGCUUGGUGGUGACGAUGAACCAUUAGAAGGAUUUUCAUGGCGUGGUGGAUCAGAACGAGAUACAACUGGAAUUUUAAUGUGGUCAGAACCAUUUUUAACUGAAUUACCUUCAGGUGAAAAGGUAGCUAUUAUUUUAUUAGACACACAAGGUACAUUUGACAGCGAGAGUACUGUACGAGAUUGCGCUACUGUAUUUGCACUUAGCACAAUGGUGAGCUCAGUUCAAGUUUACAAUAUAUCUGCAAAUAUUCAAGAAGAUGAUCUACAACAUUUGCAGCUAUUUACGGAAUAUGGUCGAUUAGCGUUAGCCGAUACAGGAAAAGCACCAUUUCAACGUCUACAAUUUUUGGUAAGAGAUUGGAGUUUUCCAUAUGAAGCUGAAUAUGGUGCAGUUGGUGGUAAAAAAAUUUUAGAUCGACGUUUAAGAAUUAACGAUAAACAACAUCCAGAAUUACAGGCAUUACGUAAACAUAUUACAUCAUGUUUUACAGAAAUUGCAUGUUUCUUAUUACCACAUCCAGGUUUAAAAGUUGCCACCAAUCAAAAUUUUGAUGGUAGAUUAGUUGAUAUUGAAUCAGAAUUUAAGAAAUAUUUGUUAAUAUUAGUUCCAAUGUUGUUAGCACCAGAAAAUUUAGUAUUAAAAGAAAUAAACGGACAACGUGUUAAAGCACGAGAUCUUGUACAAUAUUUUAAAUCAUAUAUGGCAAUAUAUAGUGGUAACGAAUUACCCGAACCAAAAUCAAUGCUUGUUGCUACAGCAGAAGCAAAUAAUUUAACAGCUGUUGCAGAAGCAAAAGAAAUAUAUCAACAAUUAAUGGAAGAAAUAUGUGGCGGUACAAAACCGUAUUUAAGUGCAGGUCAUCUAGAAUCAGAACAUUUACGAAUUAUGGAUAAAGCAUUACAUCAAUUUGAUACAAAACGUAAAAUGGGUGGAAAAGAAUUUAGUAAAAAUUAUAGAGCAAAAUUAGAAAAAGAUAUGAAUGAAACGUACGAUCAAUUUUGUGCUCACAAUGAAAGUAAAAAUAUAUUUAAAGCAGCACGCACUCCAGCUGUUUUUUGUGCAUUAUCUGUGAUGUUUUAUAUUUUGAGUGGUGUCUUUGGUUUAUUUGGUGUAUAUUCUUUAGCUAAUACAUGUAAUUUAGCAAUGGGCGUUGCCUUACUUACAUUAAUUUUAUGGGCAUAUAUUAGGUAUAGUGGUGAAUUACGGGAAAUUGGUGCACAAAUAGAUGACCUAGCCAAUUUAAUAUGGGAUCAAGGAAUGAAACCAAUAUAUCAAGGCGUAAUGGAACGAAGUAUACAACAUGUAACAGCAAAUGCCGUCGAUUAUGUGGUAUCUGGUUCAAAUUCAACGUCUUCCAUUUCAACACCAAAUGGCAAAUUACAUCGAUCGUGAUUCUCCUUGUAUUCAAUGUAGUUCUAUAGACACAAACAAACAAAAAAAAAACCAACAUUCUAAAAAAAUAACUAUCUUAAUUAAAAAUUGAAUGUUUUUAAUAAUUCAUUUCUACAUCGUACGGUAUUGAAAAUUUACUAAAAUACUCUAAAAAACAAAAAACAUUAAAAAAACAGCUAAAAAAAUACCGUACCGCUCUCUACGAAUCUUUAUAUUAAAUACCAGAUUUAAAACAAAAACCGUUUUUAAAAAAAAAAACAAUAUAUACUGAGUAUCCCCAACUAAACUAGGUAUUUGUGAAUUUGUUUU